AUGGUGUCAAUAUGGCCGUGGAAGAGAGCCGAUGAUUCUCCCGCGUCGUUUGAGAAAGUGCUCUCCGCACUGGCGACCAAGAUCGCCAACACCCAAGCGAAGCUCGACCGGACGCGGUCCAGCUCGAGGCGCGCACGCGUGCUCAGCACCCUCUACCUGACCUUUGGCUACCUCGUGUACGCCAUUGUGCUCGCGCUUGUCGUGGGAUGGAAGAAUAUGGGGCGCUGGGAGUGGUCUGGUGUCGCCGGAGGGCCGGUCCUCAUCUACGCCACGCGCAAAGCCCUCGCCUCCGUGUUUAGCAUCCGAAUCGACUCUCUUGCAUCGACGCUCAAACAGCAGCAGGAGGAGCGGGCCAAGACGAUUCAGAAACUCAAAGACGCCACCAAAUACGACUCGACCUUGCAGCUGCUGGAGAAGUACGGGGGCGGCGGCGAGACCAAACCGUGCAAAGGCAACGGCGAAGGCAAGGCGCAGCAGAGUGACAAGCGCGGCAAGGGCGGUCCAGGCGGUCCAGGCGGCGGCGCGCAGGACGAAAGGAAUCGCUCGACGCCCAACCGGACGCGUCUGCCGCCACCGCCCACGGCCAACAUCCCAUCGGGCAGCCAUGUCCCGGCGGCGUCGUUGGCGUCGUCCAAGCCGAACUCGCCGCGUGCGGGAGCGGGGGGACACACCCCCGGUGUGACGGACCUGAGCGCCACAGCCGAAUUUGCGCCGAAUGCCUUUGGUCCCGACGAGGUCCAGGUCCAGGUCCAGGUCCCUGCGCAGACGCGCCCGCCCGACGUCGCCGGCGGCCCGUAUGCGCAUGCGGCGGCCGCGUCCAGCAGUGGUGCUGCCGCCGUUGGCGAGUCCCACUGGUACGAUCGCCUCCUCGACCUGCUGAUGGGCGACGACGAGACCGCGGCCAAAAACCGCUUCGUGCUCAUCUGCCGCGCGUGCCGUCUCGUGAAUGGACAGGCGCCGCCGGGCACGCACAGCCUGGCCGACGUCGGCCGCUGGCGCUGCAUGGGCUGCGGUGCGUUGAACGGCGAGGACGGCGAGGACGGCGAGGACGGCGAGGCGGCAAAGAUUGUGAGCCAGGUGCUGCAGCGCACGGUCACGGAAGUGGCCGACAGCGAGGCCGAGAGCGAGGACGACGAGGUCGACGAGGUCGACGAGGUCGUCGAGGUCGAGAUCCAACCAGAAUCCGUCAAUGCAGAGGACGAAGAAGUCGAUCUGGUUGCCACGGGCAAGGACAACGCCGACAGAAAAAGCGUUCGGAAACGCAGCAAGAAGACGAAAUAG